UAUGCCUGGAGCUUUCUCUCAGAGCUCAUCAGAAAGCACGAAGCUAUCCACACGGAGCCUUUGGACGAGCUGUACGAGGCGUUGGCGGAGAUCCUGACGGCUGAGGAGCCCACCCGGUGCCACCGGAGCUACCUGCUGGUAGGAUACAUGCGCCCUCCUCCACACACACAGUUGAUUCAGGCUCCAGUCAGCCUCAUGUGGCUUCAGUCCUGACGCCUCAGCUCUGCAGUCUUAGACGAGGUCCCCCCAGCUCCUUCUCUUCCUGGCGGUUUGGCCUGGACAGCUUUCCACAGGCUGGCUUUUGGUCACACACACAUGGUGCUGUUCAGCUUGUUCCUCUGUCCUCUGUUCCCGAAAAAUUGGCGGCUGGAUUCACAGGUUCACUCGGACUCUUGUCUGUUUGACCCCUUUGGCAAGGAAAUCAGCCUGGGUCCUAGAAGGCACAUCAUCUAUUUUUUAUCCUCUUCAUGGUAGCACUUGUGGGUGCUUAAAGCUUAGACUCAUUAAUUCAUUGAAGGAUGCAAAAAGCCCUCCGGGAACUCUGUCACGCUCUCCGAGAGCACGGCCAUUAUUUCCCACGGCACCACGGGCCUGGUCACGUGGAACGCCGCGCUCUACCUGGCGGAGUGGGCCAUGGAGAACCCAGCGGGCUUUGCUCACAGGACUGUCUUAGAGCUUGGCAGUGGAGCCGGCCUCACGGGCCUGGCCAUUUGCAAGAUGUGCCGGCCCAGAGCAUACGUCUUCAGCGACUGUCACAGCCAUGUCCUCGAGCAGCUCCAAGGGAACGUCCUUCUCAACGGCCUGUCAUUGGAGCCAAAUGUCACCGCCCCGGCCCAGCACCCAGGACACGACACCGCCGAUGCAGAGAGCCCCCGGGUGACGGUGGCCCGGGUGGACUGGGACGUUGUGACGGCCCCUCAGCUUGCUGCCUUCCAGCCGGACAUCGUCAUUGCUGCAGGCCUUCACCCUGCUGCCCAUGUCGGCACAACCCAGAGGCCUCCAUCCUGGGGUCCUGGAGGAGCCCCUUCCAGUAACCUGGGGUUUUCAUCGCAGAUGUGCUGUAUUGCCCAGAAACUGUCCUCUCCCUGGUCGGGGUCCUGCAGAAGCUCUCUGCCUGCCAGAAGGACCAGCGGGCUCCUGACGCCUACGUUGCCUUCACCAUCCGCAACCCGGAGACGUGUCAGCUGUUCACCACGGAGCUGGGUGAGCCCCGGGCCCCUGGCCGGGCUGCUGACUCUGAGGGGCUGCCACCCAGGCCUGCAGGGCCACUGCACUGGCCGCACACAGGACUCCAGGAAGGCAGAAGUCAGGAAAGUAAAAGAAUGGGGCCCUGGAGACAAGCCAGGAAGCCCCAGACCACAAUGUGCUGAGCCAACGACCCCCCACCCUCCGCCCAGGAGGCCGGGCUGGGAUCCCGUGGGAAGAAGUGCCUCGUCACGACCAGAAACUGUUUCCCUACGAAGAGCACUCAGAGAUGGCAAUUCUGAAACUAAUGCUGUAGAUUUAAAAAUGGUUUUGAAGAAUAAUGUGAAAAUUAAAUCACUGUCCUGGAAAGAAUCUGAUAAAACUUCCACUGGACUUGAAUGUUUGAAGAAUGUUAAAUUCUGAAUCGGGAACCACAAACUGUUCUAA